AUGCCUAUCGCAAGCGAGAAGCCAACUUUGCCCUCCCGAUACGUUCUUCGGGCCAAGGAAUCACGAAUGCAUCCCCCACGGCCAGUGCCUCUGGCUUUCGAGAGCUCCCCCCUUAACAAUUGCAACAUUGGUCAUCACCGAGAGAAAAUACCCUUCGAGAAGGUGUUCAGGAUUUUCGGGGACUUCAGGGUCCAGAUUGGCAGUUUUGAAUCUUCAUCUCCCAGCUCGAUCUCUCCAGCCUCACUCGAUCAGACUCUUCUCGCCUCUGUCUCUGUCUCAACGCUCGUGGCUUUGGCUGCUGUCGUCGUCCCAGCUGUCUUUGCUGCUCCUGCUCCGGCCCCUGCCAACCUCAAGAUCCGCAACCUUGAGGCCAGAGAUGUCGUCAAAGACAGCUACAUUGUUGUCUACAACCCUGCCGUCGAGGCCGAUAUUUUCGAAGCGAGCAUUGCCGAGGUCAGCUCCUUGAUCUCCAAGCGUGCCGUCGCUGGUGGUAUCGGAGCCAAGUACACCAUCGGAGACUUCAAGGGUUACCAGAUCACCGCAGACACUGCCACUCUCGCUGAGAUUGCAGCCUCUCCAGAUGUUGCCUACAUUGAGAAGGACCAGAAAGUCUACGCCUCGGCUCUGACUUCUCAGACCGGUGCGACUUGGGGUCUUGGCAGAAUCUCUCACACCCUUCAAGAUUCCACCACCUACAUCUACGACUCCACCGCUGGAUCUGGUACUACUGUCUACGUUGUAGAUACCGGUAUUCUCACCACCCACACCCAAUUUGGUGGCCGUGCUACCUUUGGGGCAAAUUACGUCGACAGAUCCAACACCGAUGGAAACGGACACGGGACCCACUGCGCCGGUACCAUUGCCGGCUCAACGUAUGGCGUUGCCAAGGCUGCAAAGCUCGUCGCUGUGAAGGUUCUGGCCGCUGAUGGAAGCGGAACCACAUCCGGUGUCAUCUCGGGUAUCCAGUAUGUUGGAACCAACGCUCCCGCGAAGUCCGUUCUCAGCAUGUCUCUCGGAGGUACCCUCUCUACCGCCCUGAACACCGCCGUCCGUAACACAAUCGCCAAGGGCGUCACCGUCGUGGUCGCGGCCGGAAACGACAACAAGAACGCCGCCAGCUUCUCCCCGGCGUCCGAGCCGCUCGCCAUCACCGUGGGCGCCAUCGACAUCAACGACAACCGGGCCUCGUUCUCAAACUUUGGCGCCCUCGUAGACAUCUUCGCCCCUGGCGUGAAUGUCCUCUCUUCGUGGAUCGGCAGCAACUCCGCUACCAACACCAUCAGUGGAACCUCCAUGGCAACCCCUCACGUCGCUGGCCUCGCUGCCUACCUGAUUGCCCUCGAGGGUCUCUCUACCCCCGCUGCUGUCCAGGCUCGCAUCAAGGCCCUCGGUAUUGCUGGCAAGGUCAUCAGCCCAGGCACAGGCUCGCCAAACUUGAUCGCAUACAACGGCAACGGUGCUUAA